AUGGGAAUAAAUGAACAAAUUUACAACACUUUCAAUGAUGAAGGAAGACUACUUCAGUUAGAAUACGGCAUGGAGGCGCUCUACAGCAGUUACCAAACAGUAAGUAUUCUUUCAAAUUCUGAAAUCAUCUUUGUUUCUAAAAAAGUACCUCAACAGCCUUUGCAAGCAGAGUCUCAUAAUUCAAUCUACAAAAUUGGAAAUGGGUUAUAUGUGAAUAUAACAGGAUUGCCUGCUGAUAUAGACUAUAUUGUCAAUAGAGCUAGAACUCUUGCUGCUUCUACAGAGUAUACUCUAGGAUGCAAAGUCACUCCAGAUAUCUUUGCAACCAUACUGGCAGAGAAACUUCAGGAAAACAUUCAAACGACGAAAAAAAGAUCACCGUCUUUUGCCCUCACAAUCGGUGGGUUUGAGAAGGAUACACCAAUGUUAUACUACUCCGACAUGAGUGCGGUGCAAUAUCCAUGUUUUGCAUCAGCUGCGGGUGAAGAUUAUUCAAAAAUGGUGAAAUAUCUUGAAAAACACUAUAAAAGAGAAGAGAAAGAGUUUGCCAUUCAACUUGCCAUUUCAUCUUUACUCCAAUCAAUAGGAAAAGAGGCUGAAUCUACAGAAAUUCAAGUUGGGGUUCUGUCAAAAGACGGCAUUGAAUAUUUGAGCGAUCAACAAAUCAAUGAGGUAAUCCAGAAUAUUGCUGAAAAUAAUUAA